GCAGACCUGUGUAUCAGAAAGCUGACCAUUGGCAGUGGCAUUGGCCAAGGAACAGAGCACGGGCGCUAGACGUCCUUCCAGUGCUCCUGAACGGACGGGAAGAUUACGUGCUCUACGUGCGCCUCUGUUCACAACAACGUCUUCAUGGCACAGCUAGCUGCGCGGCCGUUUGCUGUAGUUCUUGUCUUGCUUUCCAGCCUUUUGUUGCUUGUGACUGUAUCCAAAUGGUUUCCUGCCAGCAGCACACAUUCCUCACCACAGCUCCAGUUCACCGUUGACUCUGUGGACGAAGUGCUGGCAGACUUUGGACCGCUCUGCCCAGGGCCAGAAGGGGUUGCCGAGAAAGGAUGCUUCUUCUUUGGCCUGGCCACUGCGCCUGCGCACGUAGAAGACCACCUCAAUGACAGCUGGCUCGAGUUUGCUCAAGCAACCACCCCCGGCAUCGACCCUCAAACCCAAAAGCCCCGCCACCUCAACGUGCCCGCCUGGCACAAUGUCCCCGUCCCUGAGCAGAGGGUGCGCUUCUGGACCGACGCGGAGACGGAGAUUGCCCUGGCUGCCGCUGCGGGAGUGACGGUGUAUCGCAUGGGGGUGGACUGGGGGAGGCUGGUUCCACAAGAGCCGGUGCACGGGACGCAAGCGGUGGUCGACCGCGCUGCAUUGGCGCACUACCGGGCUCUGUUGCAGCAGGUGCGAGCGCACGGCAUGCGCGUCCUGCUCACCCUGUUCCACCAUUCCAUGCCCAAGUGGGCCAUCCCGUACGGUGGCUGGACCAACCAGCGGACCAGCCCUUAUUUUGUGGAGUUCAGCACACUCGUCCACACUGAGCUGGGCGACCUGGUCGACUACUACGUGCUGUUCAACGAGGCCCACGUGUUCGCACUGCUGACGUACUGCUCCGGCAACUGGCCCCCCGGCUUUGCACCCUCGUCGUUCCGCUUCUUCCAGUGCUUGAUUCCGGUCUACGGCGACUUCUUCCGGGCGGUCGACAACAUGAUCGCGGCACACCGGGCGGCUUACGAUGCGAUCCACGCACUGCCAAGCAAAAAGACGCCGGUUAUCGGUAUCGCCCACCUGACGUCAGUGUUCAUCCCGUGGAGCCCGUUCGACAUCCCUGCUGCAAUCAUUGGGCGGUUCGUCAACACGUGGUACAUUCCGGACCGCCUGCAUGACAAGCUGGACUUCCUGGGCAUCAACUACUACGGCCAGGAGGUCAUCUCGGGCGGUGCCACGUACAUCGCCCCCGGCGUCGAGUACAGCGACUCUGGCCGGGCGGUCUUCCCCGACGGCUUGUACCAGUCUUUGACCGCCUUCCACGCCCGGUACAACGCCCCGGGGAAAACGCCCCUGCGGUUUAUCGUUACGGAGAACGGGGUGGCCGACGAUAUCGACGUGAUGCGGCCGGCGUAUAUCGUAGAGCAUCUGCUGGCGGUGCAUGCUGCUCGGCGAGAGGGCGUCCCCGUGGACGGUCUCUUCCACUGGACGCUGUCCGACAACUGGGAGUGGUCCGACGGUUAUUGUCCGAAGUUCGGCAUGGUGGCCGUGGACCGCGCCAACAACUUCACACGCCACGCGCGGCCGUCGUAUUAUCUCUUCCAAAAGAUAGCCCAAAUGGGCAAAAUAACGCGCGAGCAACGCGCGCUUUCGUGGCAGCACCUGCGCGCGGCAGUGGCCCGGAAUGCGACACAUCCCUUCUGUCGGGCGGUCAGUCCCAGCGGAAAAGCCUUCGCAGAGUCUUUAGACGUCCCCGUCCAAAGGCGACUCGUCGACACGGAUUGGCGAUUCAGCAGAAUACCGAGUGACGCAGAAUUGUCCAGUUACUAUCAGUUGUCAGGCUCGCGUAAAGCUGCAUAGACAGACCAGCUACGGGCUCGUCGGGCGGCGCAAGCCGCACGAGCAUUCGCGGAUUGCUGUGUCGUAUGUACAUAGAGUUUCUACGGACAGCGCUCGCAACAGCGUGUAUAGUUCUUAGUCUUUCGAACGGCCUUUUGUAGAGCCGUGCAGUUGAUCUGAUGGGUGAACAGAGCUUUCGUAGCUCGGGUCCCCAAGAAGAGUGUAAUCGACUUGGGAAACACCCAUCUGUUUGCAAUUGCCACUUGGACAGUUGACUGCGACAUGUUUUAAACAUGAUCUACACGGAGGUAUUGCGUCCUCCAAUCCGCAAGCA